UUACACGCGAGGCAUUGUGGGAGCGGCGACCUGGCCUGGUGGCCACAUGUGCGUGCGUUCACGCUUUUUCGCACUUGGAUACGGAAGACGUCGGUCGGAUAAAGAAGAGUUGGAAGACUGCGGCUGCAAAUAAUAUAUUAAACAGAUAUGAGACCAGGAUUCAGUCCACGAGGUGGAGGUAGCCGUGGCGGAUUUAGAGGUGGCGGCGGACGAGGUGGCUUCGGGGAUAGAGGCGGCGGCUUCGGUGAUAGAGGUGGCGGCUUCGGUGAUAGAGGUGGAAGAGGAGGCUUCCGUGGUGGUAGAGGUGGUGGAGGAGGAUUCCGGUCCCCGAGUGGAGAAGGGGGGUUUCGGGGCCGAGGAGGGGGUCGCGGCACACCCAGGGGCAGAGGAGGAGGAAGAGGCGCUGGACGCGGGGGCUUCCGAGGGGGCAGGAAAGUGACAGUUGAACCCCACAGACAUGAAGGUGUGUUUAUCUGCCGCGGGAAGGAGGACGCGCUGGUGACGAGGAACAUGGUCGUGGGCGAGUCCGUGUACGGGGAGAAGAGGAUCAACGUGGAGGAGGGAGAAACGAAGAUUGAGUACAGAGCGUGGAACCCCUUCCGGUCGAAGCUGGCAGCUGCCAUCUUGGGAGGAGUGGACCAGAUCCACAUCAAGCCGGGGGCGAAGGUCAUGUACCUGGGAGCGGCCUCUGGAACGACCGUGUCUCACGUAUCCGACAUCGUUGGGCCUGAUGGGCUUGUGUACGCUGUGGAGUUCUCCCACCGGUCAGGGCGAGAUCUGCUCAACGUGGCCAAGAAGAGGACCAACAUCAUACCCAUCAUCGAGGACGCCCGCCACCCGCACAAGUACCGCAUGCUCGUCGGAAUGGUGGAUGUGAUCUUUGCUGACGUUGCUCAGCCUGACCAGACCAGAAUCGUCGCCCUCAAUGCCCACAAUUUCCUCAAGAACGGAGGCCAUUUUGUGAUCUCCAUCAAGGCGAACUGCAUCGACUCUACGGCGGCUCCGGAGGCAGUGUUCGCGGCGGAAGUGAAGAAGAUGAGCUCGGAGAACAUGAAGCCCCAGGAACAGCUGACGCUGGAGCCCUAUGAAAGAGACCAUGCCGUUGUUGUGGGCAUCUACAGACCACCCCCCAAGCAGAAGAAAUAAACUGCAACCAGCAUUGCUGUGACUUGCAGUGCUAUCCGUUUGUCUGUCAUCUUGGAUGUGGCCAGCAGGGGGUGACAAAGUCGCUGGUGUUUGAAGUAUUGACCAGGCAAUUUUGCACCCCUCACCGAUUUCUUCCCAUCACUGAAUCUAUCCUGGACCUUUUAGCCUGUAGUCCUUGAGGAAAAGAGUUCCCUACACCUCGGACUAAAAAAAGCUGGAACACAAUUGGAGAAAUGUAUAGAAAUGUCAUGGUUUUUUCUUUCCACCUUUCCCCCUCCCAUGCUUUAUAAUGUAAAAUGCUGUAACUGAAGUUAUUGGUAUAAAGGAGUGACACUGAAACAUUUGUUAAAGUCCUAAGUUUGACUUGAAUUUCUUGAUUAAGUUGACAUGUCAUUUUAUUCAAAGAACAGUGCUGUUGCACUCCACUAAAUUGGAGUUGAGUGUAUUUAAAAUGGUGGAUUCAGUAGACAAAUACAUGAAAACCAUAUAUAGAGAACCAUUUUUGCUGAACUUGUGACACCUGAACUCCCAAGAUUAUGUACUUUUUUGUAUUAAAAAAACUUGAAAAUCCUA